CAAGUUUUUGACAGUUUGUUCGCGGCCGAGGGGGAGCCGAGGCUGCCGCGGCGCUGCGCUGGGGCCGGGGCGCUCCGCAGGACCGAGCUCUGCCCGCCGGCACCAUGUCCCGGGACCCCGAGGAGGUGAACAAGCUGACGGAGAACACGUACAAAAAUGUUAUGGAACAGUUCAAUCCAGGACUGAGGAAUUUAAUAAAUCUGGGGAAGAAUUAUGAAAAAGCUGUUAAUGUUAUGAUAGUGGCUGGAAGAGCGUAUUAUGACAGCCUUGCAAAGAUCGGGGAUAUAUCAGCUGGUUCUCCAGUUUCUAAAGAAUUGGGCCAAGUUCUGGUAGAAAUCUCAAGAACACACAAGAAACUUAAUGACAGUCUAGAGGAGAGUUUCAAAAAAUUUCAUAAAGAAAUUAUAUCUGAACUGGAGAAGAAAACAGACCUGGAUGUGAAAUACAUGACUGCAACUCUAAAGAGGUACCAAACCGAACACAGGAGCAAACUGGAUUCUUUAGAGAAGUCUCAGGCUGAGCUGAAAAAAAUCAGAAGGAAAAGCCAAGGAGCACGAAAUGUAACAAAAUAUGAGCAUAAAGAAAUGGAGUAUUUGGAAACGGUGAGCUCUCGCCAGAGCGAUAUCCAGCGGUUCAUUGCAGAAGGCUGCAGAGAAGCUCUCCUUGAAGAGAAAAGAAGGUUCUGUUUCCUGGUUGACAAGCACUGCAGCUUCACCCAGCACAUGCACUUCUACCAUGUCCAGUGUGCAGACUUCCUAAAAUCCAAGCUGCCUGGGUGGCAGGAAACCUGCAGUGAUGCCACCAAAGUGCCUGAAAAAGUCAGAAUGAUGAUAGAUGAAAUAAGGACACCUGGAUCCACUCCAGUCUCGGGAACGCCGCAGCCUUCACCUAUGGUAGAGAGAAAUACCAUGAUUGGAAAUGAUUUUUAUCCUCAUCACGAAAAUGCAUCCACCGUGCCCCCAGCUCCCACAGGCAGGGCCUACACGAGCCCACUCGUUGAUAUGUUCAACAAUCCUGCCACAGCUCCCAAAGCACCUUCUGAGAAACUAAAUCAUUCAGCAGAGAAUUCAGAUGAUGCCAGUUUAUCACGUUCAACUUCUGUUGCCACGGGACUAAAUAUAAUGAAAAGGCAAAAAGUGAAGACAAUCUUCCCACAUACUGCUGGAAGCAACAAGACAUUGCUCAGCUUUUCCCAGGGGGAUAUCAUCACACUGCUGGUAGCUGAGGAAAAGGAUGGCUGGCUCUAUGGGGAGCAUGACACAAACAGAGCAAAAGGAUGGUUUCCAUCGUCGUACACGAGACCACUAGAAGAAUUAGAAGACAAAGCCUUUGCCCCUGUGCCAAGCCCUGCACCAAUCCGAAGUGUUAGUUCUGUGAAUCUUGUGGAGAAAGGUGAAGUUGUCCUCCCACCACCAGACUACCUGGGGGCUUCACAGGCGGAGUCUGCCAAAGGUCCUGCUCCUAAAACACCGACGGACAGAGCGGAGCCGGCAGGGCCGAAACCCAACAUGAAUGGCAUUACAAAACCACCUUUUCUAAGUGGAGAAAAUCCCUUUGCAACGGUGAAGCUCAGACCAACAGUAACAAACGACAGAUCAGCACCGAUUAUCCGGUGAACACACGGCCCAGACACACGACCUUCUUCCUUACCAACACACCAGUUCAGUAAUGACAAUUACUAUCUCAACUUCUAAAAAAAUUAUUUAAAUGUAAUUACUGUACAAUAUUGGCAUACUGGAAUGGAGCUCUGAUGUUUUGUUAAAACCUUUGCUUUCUAAUGAGGUAAUUGCUUUGGGCUAGUGUUUGAGCACCUGGGCUGAUUUUACAGUAUGCCUUUUUUUGUAGUAGGAUUUGUGAAAAUGCUGGAGAUAGUUUGGAUGUUCUAGUGAAUCAGUGUAAGUAAUAGCUCACAGAUCUGAAUCUUUGGCAUUCAUUAUUUGGAAGCUGCAAUGGUAAGUUCUAGAAUAUAAGCCUGCAUAUGCCACCUACUAAAGAAGAUAACAGUGAUUUUAUUUUUUUUUUUCAAACAGAACAAUGUAACAACUGCCUUAUUCCAGAAUAGAGAAUCACCUGUAUAAAUGAUUAUACAUUAUUUUGUGUAAGAAAGAUACCUUAGGUUAUAAAUAAAUAUUUAUCCUUUAAGAAUA